AUGGCAGAACCUCCUCCCACCACUACCGCACCGAAGAAACGGUCCUUGUUCAAGCGCGCAGCUUGGCAGGAUGCCCCGAAGAAAGAGGAUGAGGACAUGUUUAGCCAUUCGAACGAGUUCAAGGACAUUGUCGCAGAACAAGACAGGCUGCGGGAAGAGGACAAGAGGAGGGAAGAAACAGAGGCCAAGCAAAGGAAAACAUCAGUGCCUCGCGAAAGCAAAAGUAAACGACGGAGGAUAUGUACCGAAGACGAGAAGCCUGUAAUACCCGAAAGCGAGUCUGGCAGUCCUGUGAGAGCGACGAGACGUAGUAGAACCCCCCUACCUCCCGCUUCAGACUCGCUCGCUGCAAGAUACGACUCCCUCGCCAAAUCGACAUCGGAAGGCUCAACGGGUCGCAGAGAACCUCUUAUCAUCAGUCUGAGUGAUGACGACGACGACGACGACGAUAAAGGCGCUGUGAACGGAUACGUCGCAUUACGGCAAGCAGAAACGCAAAAUACCUUGGGUGUGCGUCCCUCGGGACGGCCUGCUGUGGACAACGACGAGGAAGUUGAGGAAGUCCUGGACCCCGCCCUAGCAGCGCUCCAAGCCAGAGCUCGUCAGAGGGCCCUAGAACGGACAAAUUCCGCUGGCACACCAGCGCCAGAAGGCGAGCCCACCAGGAUCCCGGUUUCCCAAUUGUUCAUUGACCCCGAGAUACCCGAUGCGGAUCCGCUCAUGGUCAAAGUACGGAUAAACAGCACGAUUGAGAAACCACGAAAAGCCUGGUGUGAGAGACAAGGAUACAGUCCUGACGUGACCCGAGGAAUCUUCUUCACGUGGAAAGGGACACGGUUAUUUGACAGCACGACAAUCAAGCGACUGGGCAUCCAGGUCGAUGAGCGCGGGAAUGUUUCUGUAGAUGGCGAUACAACCCUGUAUGAUGAAGACAAUAUACCAAAAAUCCACGUCAAAGCAUGGACCGAGGAAGUAUUCAUGCAAAGAAAGAGGGAAGAAGCGGCAGAAGCGGCGGCAAAGAAGACGGCAGCGGAAGCGCCCCUAGAGGCUGAGCAGCGGACCCUAACGCCAGAACCAGAGCCAGUGACCGCUAGAGUCCGCCUCGUGUUGAAGAUCAGUAGUAAAGACGACUUCCGUUUGACUGUGAAGCCGGACACCACCUUUGAACACAUCACAAGCGCUUACAAGUCGAAACUCAAAAUCCAGAAAGAUCAGCCAGUCACUCUUUAUUUUGAUGGAGAACGACUUUCGCCUUUAGAUACAGUCGCCGAUGCCGGCAUUGAGGAUCUGGACUCAAUUGAAGUGCGUCUCAAGUGA